UCAAAAGGCAGAGCUCGCGGUUGUGCGGGCCGAGUCUGGGCCCGGCGCCGACUUUUUGGCAGCGCGCUAUCGGGUCAGCUGCAGGGCUCACUCUCGAGGCUCCUCGCUGCUCUACCCAGGUCUCCGAUCUCCUCGGAGCUCAGCCGGGGCCCAGCCUCCGCGAGGGAGCGGAAGGCGGAGACCGCGAGACUGGCCUGGAGGACGAAGGCGGGCGCGCGUGGGCGUGGGGGACGCAGUGAUGUCCACCGGCUCGGUGAGCGACCCAGAGGACAUGGAGCUGCGGGGGCUGCAGCGGGGGUACCCGGUUCCUGCCUCCAAAAGGCCGCCCCUCCGCGCCACGGAGCGCAGCUAUAUCUCGCCCAGUGACAACUCGUCCGCGGAGGAGGAAGACCCCGAUGGCGAGGAGGAGCGGUGCGCCCUGGGUGCGGCGGACAGCGCGGGGGGCUGCAAGAGGAAGAGGCCCCGCGUGGCUGGGGGCGGCGGCGGCAAGAAGCCCCUCCCGCCCAAGGGCUCGGCGGCUGAGUGCAAGCAGUCGCAGCGGAACGCGGCGAACGCCCGCGAGCGCGCCCGGAUGCGCGUACUAAGCAAAGCCUUCUCCAGGCUCAAGACCAGCCUGCCCUGGGUACCCCCCGACACCAAACUUUCCAAGCUGGACACGCUCCGGCUGGCUUCCAGCUACAUCGCGCACCUGCGGCAGUUGCUUCAGGAGGAUCGCUACGAGAACGGCUACGUGCACCCGGUGAACCUGACGUGGCCAUUUGUGGUCUCUGGACGACCCGACUCUGACACCAAAGAAGUUUCCGCAGCCAGCAGACUGUGUGGGACCACUGCUUAGAUCGAAUUUAAACUCACUCGAUGGGAUUACUGCUUAAACACUUAUGAUUGGGGUACCGGACAGAAGGGAGACUGCGUGAGAACCCCCAGAGAAUGGGAAGAAAGUUCCAUUGGAUUCUCCUACACACACCCCACCCCCCGAACUGUGAACACCACAGACAGGUGGCUGGUGUGUGUGUGGGGGGGAGGGGGGCAGAGCCCGAGCGUCGGCGGCGUGGCUGUCAUCGAGGGGAGCCCAUGGCUACAGCUGCUGCGGAUCUGGGCCACCACACCUUACCUCUCCAGAAAGAGCCUCCUUCCGUCUGGGGAGCGCGCACCCAGACCCAACUUCGGGCUUCAGCAGUAGACUAACCCCUCCACACUCCCUUCAGAGCCCAGCGCCAAGCCGCCUCGGGUUAGUUUCCAAGCUGAGCCAGAUAUUCACAUUAGACGUGAGGGCAGGACUCUGCACCGCCCGGUCCUUCAUGGUUAGGCAUGGUCAGAACUCGCUCUCCAUGAUGAUUGGCUUCAAAGACAGAAGUCUUACGUGAAACCCACAACGGGCAGGUUUUUAAGUUGCAGAGAGGAGAGUGGAUACCUGGGCGGGUUUGGUAUCCCUGUGGGAGCCGGCUCUGCCCGGAGCGCUCCGGCCGCGCAACCUCCCAGCUGCAGGCAGGGCCCUCGCUCCCGCCCCUUCCUAGCCAGGCUUUGGUCUAGCCUCCACCCGAACCUUCUAGGCUGGAGCCUCCACCCCCACCCCCAGGCUCCGGUCUCCUUCGGCCUCCCCCUAAUCCCUCUUCCUACACCUCCUUGCAGACCCGCCUGUGACUGCUGACUGUCCCCACCUGACCCUCCUCCUCAAGCUCCGGUCACCCCGUCUUCCAACACCACCUCCCUUGCCCACGUUCCUUCUCCCUCUGAGCCGCUGAGUCUGUUUGGUAUUUAGUGACCCUGCCCGGGGGGAACGCACCGCUGCGGGAGGCUGCACUGCCAUAGGAAUUA